UGACGACGACACGUGCCAGAUUACAACUAAGCUCUUGUCUCUUUGCUUUUCGUACAUAAUUCACAUAAUAAAUUAGAUUACUCUCGAAUCCUUCUUCUUCGUUCAUUCGAAGCGGGAAACGUCAUCUCUGUUAACCCACGAGAUAAUGGCUCGUUACCACAGGAGGUCAUUGAUCUUGUUUUUAGUUCUUGCUCUGUUCGCAUUAACCAUCAUAUCACCGAGCCAAGGCUUUCUAGGAACCGAGAAAAAGAUAAAAUCUGAAGUCUUUUUCUCACCAAAACUAGUGAUGAAUCCAGGAUCAGUUUCAAAUUCUUUCUUAUCCGACAUCGAUUUCCCAAGAGGGCAUAUCGGCCUCAAGAGUUUCGACGCUGAAGUGGUUGACGAAGCAGGCGACCCCGUCCCUCUACACGAGACAUAUCUGCACCACUGGUUGCUCAGACCUUACUAUGCCCGUAUAGGUUCGAAGUUUCUACAGCAAGAAAUGUUUAGGAAUGAUGGGUUUCAAAGGCAAGAUCCCGAAAGCAAUCCUGAUUCGGGAUCAGAUACUAUUCCUGUAAGAAACGGAGGGCUGUGCACGAAUUCACUCUUAUAUUUCUUUGGUUCAGGAUCAGAAACCCGCAAUACCUCGACGUAUCUUCCUGAUCCUUAUGCGAUUGAAGUCGAUAAUCCUGAGGAAAGACCUGAUGGCUAUGAAUUCAAAUGGCUUCUUAACGUUCACGCAAUAGACACCAGAGGUGUGGAGGACAGGACAGGAUGCAUAGAAUGUCUGUGUGAUCUGUAUAAUGUAACCAUUGAUGAGUACGGUCGAGCUAUAGGACCCGGCUACAAAGGAGGUCUAUACUGCUGCUAUGAUAAGACUCAAUGUCGGGUGAAAAGCGGAUUUGACAAUGGGGAGAAAACAAGAAAUCUGUAUUUGAAGUAUACCGUGAGAUGGGUUGAUUGGGACAACAAGGUUUUGCCCGCUAAAGUUUAUGUUCUCGAUGUUACGGAUUCUUGGAAAAAACCAGAGGGAUCAAUAGGAGAUAGCCAAGAACAUCAUUGCCAUGUGGAAUACGAAGUGAAACAGUGCAAAACCAAUGGCGAUGGAUGCAUUGAUGUUAAGAAAAACAGCUUUAUGAUGCCAUUUAAUGGGUAUAUCAUUUACGGCGUGGGACACCAGCACUUGGGUGGUAUCGGUGCUGCUCUAUAUCGAGAGAACGGUGAAGGAAUAUGUACUUCGAUGCCGAAGUAUGGCAAUGGAGUUGAACCUGGAAAUGAAGCUGGUUACAUUGUUGGAAUGUCGACUUGUUAUCCUACUGAUCCAGUGGAAGUGAGCUAUGGAGAGACGCUGAAUGUGGAGUUUAAUUACAGUAGUGCCGUUGGUCAUACCGGAGUGAUGGGACUCUUUUACAUCGUCGUUGCUCAACAGUUGCCUAAACCAGAGAGCUUCUUGCCUAAUCUUUUUCAGGUACCUCCGAGAAGCUUGAGCUUCUUAGCAGUUUUGGCUGUGACGGUGGUGGUAGCGCUAGUGGUUCUAAUAGCAGCCAUGAUAUACCGGAGACAGAACCGGGAAGAUGGUUACCAAUCUCUUAGUACAUGAAAAAAGAGUGAAACCAUGUCGACUACAUGUUUUACUUGCAAGUGAAGUUUGUUUCAUUGUUUGUGACUUUGUGUACGAAUAAUAAUUAAGAAUAAAAUAUAUUAUUUUGUUGUCGUCUUCCUGUAAUAUGAUUUCUGUAACAGCUACGUGUAAGAAUUGCAGUGUCAGAUAGUAUAUCACAUU